UUAUCAUGGUAAACAAAUUGUCACCGCUUGCCCUCUUGUCGGAUAUUUUAAUUUAAAGGGGUUAAUUUAAUGGAGAAUAGAAGAACUAUGAAAAACAAUAGAAAUAACCACAAUAAUAAUACAAAUAAUAAUCAAAAUGGAAAAAAGCCAUUUAAUAAAAAGAAAUAUCGGGAACAGAAGUAUAGUAACAAAUUUAAAGUAAAUCAAUGGGAAGAGAAAAGGAGAAAAAUAGUUCUGAAGGAAUUCAUGAAAGAUUUGAAGAACGAUAAAGAUAACAAAAUUGAUUUUUCCAUCAAAAAUUUCAAAAAUAAAUUAGAUAAAGAAAGUUGUAAAAUAAAUAGAAAAUCAAAACCUACUUGGUUUUCUAUCAGACAAGAUAUAUUAGAGAAACAACAAAAGAAGAAGGAAGAAAUUUUAAAAGCUAAACAAGAGCGAGAAGAAGCCUUAAAACAAUAUAAACAGAAAAGAAUGAAUACUUAUAAGCAGUUGUCAAAAAAAACUAAGAAAGGUCAACCAGUAAUGAGCGGUAGGAUAGAACUUCUGCUAGAAAAGAUUCAACGGAGUAUUUAACGCGUGCUAGCCAUGAACUGCAUUUAUAAUUUAAUUGUUUAAUUUCGAUUACCAUGUACAUAUAAUAAUACAUAUUGUUUUUA